CUCGGCAUCUCCAGAGGCUGGGAAGGAAGGUCUACUGCGGAGGACACCCGUUCUCCCUUGGGACCUGGGCUGGGGCUCAGCCCUUGGGGAGCCCAGCGUCUCCAGCCUGGCACCCAACCCGGAAAGGUCCAGUAAGUAAGUUCAAAGUACCCACAUGGAGUGCGAACCCACUCAGGGCCACGGAGAGGGGCAUUCCCCACUCCUAAGUAUCGAGUCUGUGUAUCUAUUUAUCUCAAUUGUUUAUCCGCAGAUUGUUUAUCAGUUCAUUUACUUGGUUUUCUGGGUCCACCCUGAGCGCCGCUUGUCCAAAUCCGUCUCUCCGACGGCUUUGGGAAAGCCCGAGCCCUAAAGAAUUCGGAUUGAGAUCCGAACGGAGGAUUGGUGGAGAUAAGGGUGAAACCACAGAAGAAAGAUGUUCUACUACCCCAACGUGCUUCAGCGGCACACGGGCUGCUUCUCCACCAUCUGGCUGGCAGCUACCCGCGGCAGCCGCUUGGUGAAGCGGGAAUACCUGAAGGUGAACGUGGUGAAGACCUGUGAGGAAAUCCUCAAUUACGUGAUGGUUCGAGCGGAGCCCCCACAGCCCGGCCUGCCGCGGCCCCGCUUCUCCCUCUAUCUCUCAGCCCAGCUCCAGAUAGGUGUGAUCCGGGUCUACUGCCAACAAUGCCAGUACCUCGUGGAAGACAUCCAGCACAUCCUGGAGCGCCUGCAUCGUGCUCAGCUGCAGAUCCGCAUUGAUAUGGUAGAGCUUGACCUACCCAGCCUGCUGCUGCCUAGCCGCCUGGCCAUGAUGGAAACCCUGGAAGAUGCUCCUGACCCCUUUUUUGGGAUGAUGUCUGUGGAUCCCCGACUUCCCAGCCCCUUUGAGAUCCCUCAGAUUCGACACCUCUUAGAGGCUGCAAUCCCAGAGAGAGUUCUUGAGGAGAUCCCUCCUGAAGUCCCUAUAGAGCCUAGGAAGCCAGACAGGAUGUUGGGUAUUGUGCUCUCUCCUGAGGCCAUCACCCUCCCGGAGGCAGAGCCCAUACAAAUACUGCAGAUCGAGGAUGAACGAGACCUCGCUGAGGUCAGCCGCCAAGAGCUUGACCUGCUGAUGGCUGAGGAAGAUGAAGCCAUCUUGUUAGAAGAGCUUCCCCCGCUCUCGCCUCCAGUGCCUGCACAGGUGGAAGGGGCAGAAGAGCUACUUCCAGGCCAGGCCCUGGUCCCUGAGGAGCUGAAGCUGGCACCCUGGGAGCCCGGGGCUCUGGUCACUGAGGUGACCCCUCCCCAGGAGCUGCGUCUGCCAGCCCCACCCAGUCCAGAGCGGAAGAGACCCCCAGUCUCCCCACCUCCUGGGAUCCCACCUGCUCGGCGCCGCCGUCGCCGCCCGUUAUUGUUCUGGGACAAGGAGACUCAGAUCUCCCGGCAGAAAUUCCAGGAACAACUGCAAACCAAAGCCCACUGCUGGGAAUGUCCCAUGGUGCAGCCUCCUAAGAGGACGACCAUGAGCCCUGCCGAGCUGUUCCGAACUCCGACUCACCCUGACUGGCUACCCCCAGAACUACUAGCUUUCUGGACCCGCUGUGCCCAGCUGCCCCCAAGAGUGCUCAGACGCAGGCCACCCCGGGAGCCUGAAGAGGAGGCUGCUGAAAGGGAGGCAGCAGCUGAGGUGGAAAGGAGAAAGACUGAAGCUCUGAGUGAUAUUGAGGUCCUGAGGGAGGCCCAGGAGCCCAGUGGUCCCCUCAUGCUGUCUUUAGAGCUCUCCAUAGAAGCUGCUGAGGAGGAGUCCCGCAUCAGCCUCAUCCCGCCCGAAGAGCGGUGGGCCUGGGCUGAGGCAGAGCGACCAGAGCCUGUGUUGCCCGAAAUCCCUGAGGUGCCUGUGGAGAUGCCUCUGGAGCUGCCCCCAGAGCCUGAGCUUCUUUCACUGGAGGCUGUGCACAGGGCUGUGGCACUGGAGCUGCAGGCCAACCGGGAGCCCGACUUCAGCAGCCUGGUGUCACCUCUCAGUCCCCGCAGGACAGCAGCCCGGGUUUUCUACCUGCUCCUGGUGCUCUCAGCACAGCAGAUUCUUCGUGUGGAACAAGAGAAGCCAUAUGGGCGCCUCUUGAUCAAGCCAGGACCCCGAUUCUACAGUGGUUAG